UGCCAGGUCCAUUGGUAGGCUCUCAGAAUGAAUCUGACAGGCCCAGCUCCCUAGGAACUUAGUCUAGUGGAAUUUAGUCUAGAAUGUAGUCUAGGGGCAUUAAAUAAAUAAAGGCAUUCCAAGUGAUUCCUGCAGUGGUGGUGGCUUAAUACCUUCAGAGCCCAGUGGGUGGGAGAAGGAAGUAACUUGGAAGAGGGUGGAAGAGAAAAGUGACAAAUCAGUUAAGGUUUCACUAAGGAAGGGACUUUUGAACUGGGCUUUCAAGGUUGACUAGGAGUUUGCAAAUUUCCCAGAAGGGAAGCGACACUCCAGAUAGGGGAAGCAGCACAGACUGCAAGACUAUGAAAAGGCCUGACAUAUUACACGAACAGCAAAAAGCCCAACAAUGCAAGAGAUUGUGGAGGACACCAUGAAGCAGCUGCCAAUCUUGGAACCUGGAGACAAGCCCAGGAAAGCAUCAUGGUACACCUUGACUCUCCCUGGAGACAGCCCCUGUGCUCGAGUUGGCCACAGCUGUUCGUAUUUACCCCCAGUUGGUAAUGCCAAGAGAGGGAAGGUCUUCAUUGUUGGGGGAGCAAAUCCAAACAGAAGCUUCUCAGAUGUGCACACCAUGGAUCUUGGAAAACACCAGUGGGACUUAGUUACCUGCAAGGGCCUCUUGCCCCGGUAUGAACAUGCUGGCUUCAUUCCUUCCUGCACACCUGACAGUAUCUGGGUAUUUGGAGGUGCCAACCAAUCAGGAAAUCGAAAUUGUCUACAAGUCCUGAAUCCUGAAACCAGGACAUGGACCAUGCCAGAAGUGACCAGCCCCCCACCGUCCCCAAGAACAUUCCACACAUCAUCAGCAGCCAUUGGAAACCAGCUGUAUGUCUUUGGGGGCGGAGAGAGAGGUGCCCAGCCUGUGCAGGACGUGAAGCUGCAUGUGUUUGACGCAAGCACUCUGACCUGGUCACAGCCAGAGACACUCGGAAAUCCUCCAUCCCCCCGGCAUGGCCAUGUGAUGGUGGCAGCAGGGACAAAGCUCUUCAUCCAUGGAGGCUUGGCAGGGGACAAAUUCUAUGAUGAUCUCCACUGCAUUGAUAUAAAUGACAUGAAAUGGCAGAAGCUAAGUCCCACUGGCGCGGCUCCAGCAGGCUGUGCUGCCCACUCAGCUGUGGCUGUGGGAAAACACUUGUACAUCUUUGGUGGAAUGACUCCUGCAGGAGCACUGGACACAAUGUACCAGUAUCACACAGAAAAGCAGCAUUGGACCCUGCUUAAGUUUGAUACUUUUCUACCCGCUGGACGAUUGGACCACUCCAUGUGUAUCAUUCCAUGGCCAGUGACAUGUGCAUCUGAGAAAGAAGAUUCCAAUUCUCUCAGUCUGAACCAUGACACUGAGAAAGGGGAUUCAGCUGACACAGUAAUGACCCACAGUGGUGACUCACAUGAGGAAAGCCAGGAUGAUACACUGCUCUGUUUUGUGUUUGGUGGGAUGAAUACAGAAGGGGAAAUCUAUGAUGAUUGUAUUGUGACUGCAGUUGACUAAUAAAACCCACGUUUUCAUUACCUGUCA